AUGGGUAGAAGUAAGAAUUUUAAACGUGGUGGACGUAACAAUAAUAGAUCCAACAGAAAUUGGUCUGAAUUGGUUAAAGAAAACACCAAAUGGGAAAAUUACUAUAAAUCUUUGAAUUUAUUUUCUCUCGAACAAUGGGAUCAAUUCAAAUUAGCAUGUCAAACUCCAUUACCAGUAACAUUUAGAGUUACCGGUUCAAGAAAACAUGCAAAUGAAGUCCUUGAAUUAUUCAAAGAAAGACAUUUACCAAACUUAACAAACGUUACAUUCGAAGGUGAACCCAUUAAACCACCAAUGGUAUUACCUUGGUAUCCAAACCAUUUAGCGUGGCAAUUAGAUGUCCCAAAGAUAGUGAUUCGGAAAAAUGCACAAUUUGCCAAAACUCAAAGAUUCUUAGUAGUAGAAAAUGCAGUAGGUAAUAUAUCAAGACAAGAAGCUGUAUCCAUGAUACCACCUAUCGUAUUGGACGUUAAACCUCAUCAUACUGUCUUGGAUAUGUGUGCUGCUCCUGGGUCUAAGACCGCUCAAUUAAUUGAAGCAUUGCAUAUGGAUGGUCCUGAACCUUCGGGGUUUGUUGUUGCCAAUGACUCUGAUUCUAAGAGAUCACAUAUGUUGGUCCAUCAAUUGAAAAGAUUGAACAGUGCAAACUUGAUGGUUGUUAAUCAUGAUGCUCAAUUCUUCCCAAAGAUUCAAUUAGAUAGUAAUAAAGGAAGGCACAACAAGGAAUAUUUGAAAUUUGAUAGAAUAUUAUGUGAUGUUCCUUGUUCAGGUGAUGGAACUAUAAGGAAAAAUGUCAAUAUAUGGAAAGAUUGGAAUACUCAAAAUUCACUUGGUUUACACAAUGUUCAAUUGAAUAUCUUAAAUAGAGGUAUACAGUUAUUGAAAUCUGGUGGCAGACUUGUAUAUUCCACUUGUUCAUUGAGCCCAAUCGAAAAUGAGGCAGUCAUUUCUGCAACAUUGAGAAAAUGGGGUAAUAAGAUAAAAUUGGUCGAUUGUAAAGAAAUGUUACCUGGAUUAAUUAGUUCUCCUGGGAUUUCAAAAUGGGAAGUAUAUGAUAGAACAAUGUCCAUUGUAAGCAAAGGUGCAGAAAAAUCUAAAGAUACUUGGUUUCAACCUACAGAGGAGGAAGCAAAUGAUUUCAAUCUAAGUCAUUGUAUAAGGGUGUUCCCACAUCAACAAAAUACCGGUGGUUUCUUUAUUGCAGUUUUGGAGAAAAUAGAAGAAACUGUAGAAGAUGAAAAAUCGUUCGUCUCUUCUCCUGCGGCUGUCGUCAAUGUGACUACUGAAACAACUACUGAAAAUGUGAAUGGUACUACUGCAGUAAAUGAACAAGAUACUGUCCCUGAAACGAAACCCAAGAAGAAGACAAAGUUACCAAUAGAUGCGAUCGAUGAACCUUUCGUUUUCAUUGAUCCCUAUCAUAAAGCUUUUGCGUCUUGCUGGGAUUAUUAUGGAAUCGAUGACAGCUUUAACAAAAAUACAUGUUUGGUGCGUAGUUCAACAGGUGAACCAUCAAAAGUCAUAUACACGGUAUGCCCUUCUCUAAGGGAUAUAAUUGAGUUGAAUGAUCAAAAAUUGAAACUUGUAUUCUCUGGUGUAAAGUUAUUUGUUUAUCAAAGAGAUGAUAUUGAUUGCCCGUGGAGAAUCCACAGUGAAGCACUUCCAAUAAUGAGAAAUCAUAUGGAAUCUGAGAGAAUUAUUACCACUACAUUAAAAAUGUUAAAAUAUCUAUUAAUUGAACCAUUCCCAACUUUAGAAAAUAUUACUAAUCUUCAUAUGGACCAAGCAUUUGUGAACAAAGUUGAAAAAUUAUCUACAGGUUGUGCAUUCAUCGAGGUUUCUCGAGACGAAGAAAAAGAAUCCAUACUUUUACCGAUCUGGAUUGGAAUUAAAUCUGUCAGUAUUAUGGUCUGUAAAGAAGAUGUGAAUGAAUAUCUUUACAGAAUUUUCAAUGAUGAGACGUUGUUAACAACUGGCGAUAAAAGCAAAAUUAACGAAUCUGAAGGUGCCCAUGAUAAGACCCGUAACGUGGUUGUAUGA